GCAACAUCCGUAAUCUGUCUUUGAACAGAAUAAUAAGCCACGUAUUUUUGUCUUCGUCAAAAAGUCAAUAGCUGUCUUUUGAAUGCUGAAAAUCUGUCGCCCUGUUUUUGUUCAGAGCAUGUCUUCAUUUUAAGCAAUUUUCUUCCUUUGUCUGCGUAAGAUUUCACAGUUUGCUUAGUUUUUCUCUUCACAGUUUACCCCCUUUAUCAAUCUCUCUGACACACAAAAGACAUGGAAUCUAACGCCUCGGAGGUUGCUCUUGAUUUGUUUCCCUACCUUAAAGUCUACAAAAAUGGAACGCUCGAGAGAAUCGCCGGAGUCGAAGUAGUUCCCCCGGGACUUGACCCUGAAACCAACGUCUUAUCAAAAGACAUCGUCAUCGUCCCCGAAACCGGCGUCUCAGCUAGGAUUUACCGCCCCAACUUAAUUAGUGAAGAUCGAAAGCUUCCCCUUGUAGUUUAUUUUCAUGGUGGAGCCUUCUGUGUAGCAUCGCCAGCUUUUCCGCCCUACCAUACCAGCCUCAACAAGCUCGUUGCUGAGGCUAACAUCAUUGCUCUUUCAGUUGAUUACAGGUUGGUCCCGGAGCAUCCUCUUCCUACUGCAUAUGAAGAUUCAUGGGUUGCACUUCAGUGGAUUGCUUCUCACAAGGAUGAAGAUGGCAACCAGGAAGCUUGGAUCAAGGACUAUGUUGGGUUCGAACAGGUGUUUUUGGCUGGUGAUAGUGCUGGGGGCAAUAUUGCACAUCACUUGGCUUUACGAAUCAAGGAAUCGAAUUUGGGUCAAAAGCUGAAGAUUCUUGGUAUCGGUAUGAUCCAUCCUUACUUUUGGGGAACGAGCCCGAUUGGACCGGAGCUUAAUGAUCGGUCCAGGAAAGAAUUAGUGGAUAAGUGGUGGUUAUACGUUUGUCCCACCGACAAAGGGUGCGAUGAUCCGCUUAUCAAUCCGUUUGUGGAUGGUGAGAGUGCUGAUCUUGCAGGCUUGGCAUGUGAUAGAAUCCUUAUAAUUGUUGCAGAGAAGGAUAUACUAAAGGGUAGAGGGUGGUUGUAUUAUGAUAAAUUGGUGAAAUCAGGGUGGAAAGGUAAGGCAGAGAUUAUGGAGACGGAAGGUGAGGAUCAUGUGUUCCAUAUCUUUAAUCCUGAUUGUGACAACGCCAACCGCUUGACCAAGCGUUUGGCUUCUUUCUUUAACCAAGGGAAGCUUCCUUUCCAAUUAAAAUGUCAAAGCGAGGUGCUUGGUUAGUAAGUAAACUAAAAUAAGAAGGGUGAGAUUGAGAUAUAACCUAUUGUCAACAUGCGCUGCAUCUGUUUGUAUUUCCUUUCCAUUAUACAAUUUGUCUUAAUUGAUGCACUUUUCUGAAA